AAAAAAAGAAACGAUGCCACUUUUUACCGUCUUUUGAUAUAUUCAAUAUGCGCCUACCUUUAUUAUUUUUCUUAUUAUUUUUACUAGUUAUCUUGCCUUCAUUUCUCUAUUUGAAUUAUUCAGUCAUACAAACAAGAGAAGAAGCGAUUACUUUAAUACCUGAAAUUGAUAACAAUGUUGUUAAAGGUCCAGUUGUAAUGCCUCAAUUGAAGAAUUCAACUAUAAAGGCCGAACUUGGGCAGAGUAGUUGGAAGUUACUUCAUACUAUGAUGGCAAGAUUUCCAGAACGUCCUACACAAGAUGAAAAAGAAGCGCUUAGAAGCUUCAUAUAUCUAUUCAGUAGAUUAUAUCCAUGUGGUGAAUGUGCAGCAGAAUUUCAAGCUAUUCUUGCGAAACAUCCACCACAAGUAUCUUCAAGAGAAGCAGCAUCUCAAUGGGCUUGUGCUGUACAUAAUAUUGUUAAUCAAAGAUUACAAAAAGAAAUAUUCGAUUGUGGAAAAAUUGCUGAAAAAUAUAAGUGUGGUUGUUGAUGAAUAUUUAUUAAUAUAUAAAUAUUAUAAUAAAAUAAUGGU